AAUAUUCUUGACACGUAAAAUAAAAUAAAAUAAGAAAUAUGAGUGUACAUUUUGCAGAGACACGAAUCUCUUGUGUGUUGAGUCUUAAAAAAAACAGACAUCGAAGCUUCUCUUGAAUGGCGUCUAUUUUCAGACCUUCAAUUUCACUAGACCUACGACCAAAGGUGACUUGCACGAAUCUCUCCACAAAAGAACGACUUGAGUUUCACAACAAGAGUCUGAGAAAAGAGAAGCUCAACAUUAGGUUACGUGGAGUUAAAGCUAAUCAAGCACAAGGGACUAGUGUGGUUACAGAAGAGAAAGAGCUUAACAACAAAACCGAUUAUGGAGUUGUAGGGGUUCACCAUGUUGGUCUGCUGUGUGAAAACCUAGAACGGUCACUCGAGUUUUACCAGAAGAUUCUAGGCCUUGAGAUCAACGAGGCGAGGCCACACGAUAAGCUUCCCUAUAGAGGAGCAUGGUUAUGGGUAGGUUCAGAGAUGAUUCAUCUAAUGGAGCUUCCAAAUCCUGAUCCAUUAACUGGUAGACCCGAGCACGGUGGUCGAGAUCGACAUGCUUGUAUCGCAAUCCGAGAUGUUUCAGUUCUGAAAGAGACUCUGGAUAAAGCUGGGAUUGCGUAUACGAUGAGUAAGUCAGGGAGGCCAGCGAUAUUCACUCGUGAUCCAGACACAAACGCUCUUGAGUUUACUCAAGUUUGAUUCUGAGUCUCUCCUCUUUGGUGAUAUAAGUUGUUGAUACUCGAUACUGCUCAAGUCUCACCUCCGAAUUGUGUUAGGAUCAAUUUCCAUUAACCAUCCUACCUUUUUAUUUAUAUCCAUUAAAUGUAUCUGAACAUUACAAUCAAACCAAAAGUAAAAGAUAAGAAGAAUAUGAAAAGUAUUCAUGUGUGA